CGGGCCGGUGUCCCAAUUCGCUCUUUUACCCUACGUGGAUUGGAUUCAGCCCGAUGAUUGGAUCAUUACUAGCCAGUUUACUGGCGGUCUAUUAUUUUGCGUGGUGUCGAUCGCGUUUUGUUCGGCUUAUCGAUGCACUUCCCGGACCUAAAACCUUACCGUUUUUAGGAAAUAUUCUCGAACUGAACGUUGUUCACGAUGAAUUGCUGAGAAAACCGUCCUUUGAUUGGAUUAAACAGCAUGGUAGCAUCUAUCGAGUUUGGUUUACAGUACGUCCCAUGGUCGGUAUUGCUUCGCCCGAAUUACUAGAGCCCAUUUUGUCAAGCCAUACGCUGGUAGCCAAAGGCAACGAGUACGAUUGCUUGAUUCCUCUUCUAGGGAAGAGCUUAAAUGUAGCUAAACCUGAGGAAUGGAAGAAAAAUCGCCGUCUUCUUAAUCCAGCUUUCAAAGGUCAAAUUCUCAACAGUUUCAUGGAUGCCUUCCACGACAAAAGCCUUCUAUGUGCGAAAGAAUUUGAAGAAGCUAUCGAAUCAAAUAGCGGGGGUGAAAUUAAUGUUUUCCCAAUCAUGACGCAUUGCACCAUGGAUAUCAUCUGUGAAACAACCAUGGGAGGAAAGACGUUAACCGGUGAAGACAAAGCGGGUUACAUUAAGAACAUGCACGCUGAACAACUUUGUAACUGCCCUACUAGCACAGAUAUAUCCAAAGGAUAUCCUAUGGAGGUUAGCCCUGAUCCAGUUGUAUAUCUCAGUUGGACGUCCUAUGGAUGUUCGCAGGAUAUACUAAUGUCCUCUCCUAUGGACGUCAAACUUGUACAUUCAUAG